UCCCACAUCGCAUCGAGCAUUGCUUCGUCAUCGCCACCUUACUCUUCUCACGCGCCGCCACCAACCACGGUGGAGCUCGCCGUGUGCUCUUUAAAGCUUCCUCCCGUCAACCCUUGUUCAGUCAAGAUCGAUAACAAGGGAUUUCUCUGCAUCUUCUGAAAUUGGAAUUCAAACAGUGCUCUUUAGGAGGAAAGAAGCACCGGCGAGGUUACAUUUUGGUUGAUCUGAAACAUUUCAUCCAGAUUCUCAAUGGGGAAAAAUGAGUUUCUCACACCUAAGGCAAUUGCCAAUCGAAUCAAAGCAAAAGGACUGCAGAAGCUUCGAUGGUAUUGCCAGAUGUGCCAGAAGCAAUGCCGAGAUGAGAAUGGUUUUAAAUGCCACUGCAUGAGCGAAGGACACCAGCGCCAAAUGCAAGUUUUUGGACAAAACCCGACUCGGAUAAUUGAGGGCUAUUCUGAAGAGUUUGAGAAAUCUUUCCUUGAGCACAUGAAGCGUAGCCACCGAUUCAGCCGCAUUGCUGCCACCGUAGUUUAUAAUGAAUACAUAAAUGAUAGACAUCAUGUUCAUAUGAACUCCACUGAGUGGGCUACGCUUACUGAGUUUGUUAAGUACUUGGGUCGAACUGGCAAGUGUAAGGUUGAUGAAACACCCAAGGGAUGGUUCAUUACAUACAUAGAUAGAGAUUCAGAAACCCUUUUCAAGGAGAGGAUGAAGAAUAAGAGAAUCAAGGCAGAUAUGGCAGAUGAAGAAAAGCAAGAGAAGGAGAUCAUGAAACAGAUUGAAAAGGCUGCGCAAUUGAUGCAACCACCUAAUUCUGACCCUGAUCAACCUUCACUAGUUGAGCCUCCGAGGGAACUAAAUGUAGAAGAUGGAGUUAAGAUAGGAUUUUCUCUUGGGUCCUUGGCUAGACCUGGGACCAAGGAAAAACCCGAGGCAUCGAGGGUGGCGUUUGAUGAGGUUGGCGAAGAGAAAUAUGAGGAAAUAAAUAAUGGAAACAAUUUGAAGAGGAAAGGAAGUGGUGGUGGAAAAUCAACUUUGGAUGAAUUGAUGAGGGAUGAAGAGAAGAAAAAAGAAAAAAUGAACAGGAAGGAUUAUUGGUUGCAUGAGGGAACUGUUGUUAAGGUUAUGAGCAAGGCCUUGGCUGAGAAGGGGUACUACAAGCAAAAGGGCGUUGUGCGAAAGGUGAUUGACAAGUAUGUUGGGGAAAUAGAAAUGCUUGAAAGCAAGCAUGUGCUCAGAGUUGAUCAGGCAGAACUUGAAACUGUGAUUCCACAAGUCGGGGGCCGUGUAAAAAUAGUCAAUGGGGCAUAUCGUGGAUCACUUGCUAGGCUGCUGGGGGUGGAUACAGAACAUUUUUGCGCUAAGGUGCAGAUAGAGAAAGGUCCCUAUGAAGGUAGGGUACUUAAAGCUGUGGAAUACGAGGACAUUUGCAAAGUAGCCCAAAAAGGAUGGUGACUGAGCACUAAAGCAUCAUGUUAGAGGUGCAAUUAUUCUUCAAUUUUAUUUUAAAAUUUACUGGGGAACGAAGUUCUUUUUCGCGUGCUUCAUUUUCUUUUGCUUGAUGGUUGGAUUAGAAUUUCUUUUUUUAAUAUCCAGUGCUGUUCUUUAUGCCAAAAAAGUUGCACUUUUUUCUCUUUUUCUUGAAACGAAAAUAUUGGCUUUGAAUUUCUUUCUGCUUUUCUAUUCUUUUUGUAGCCAUUGAUAUUCACAUAAUCUGAUUUAUUGCAAUCACAAAAAUAAAAACUAAUAAAUUAUCAUAGAAAGGAGAGACAAAAUACCCUUUUGUUUUAUCAUUCUGGCUGAAUAUGAAUUCAAUACUUCAAGCCAACCUAUUGUUUCCUGAGUUUCUACUUCUUUGCUGCUUCCUCUGUUCCCCCCUCUUCUCAUUUUGUGUUAUUCAACCAGUUGGUCGUCAUUAAACAUUUUUCUCAAGUUAAGGUCUUGAGAAUUCAUGAAACUGAAAGAAUAAUUCAAUAUAAUAAGAAAAAAUCUUACCUUUU